UCGUGCAGUGUGCGUGGGUGUAUAUGUGUGCGUAUGUAGAAAGAACCAACGUAAUAAUUAAUAAGUGUAAAAAAAAUGCGACGAAGAUGCGACGAUCUGACUAUAACGCUUUUCAAAUUUGGCCUUUUAACAGUGCUGGCAGCACAGUGCAUUUUUCCCUAUCCAUACCAUCAAGCCGGUCGUGAUGAUCUUGAAGACCUUAUAAAUGAAACUGCUAAAAAUGGUGAACAGUUCAACCUCGAAAGAAUUCGCAGAAAUGUCUCGAGGCAUCAAAAUACACACCGGUCAUCACCACGAACGAGGCAGACAGAUUUUGUGUUUCCAGAAGAAAGAAUUGUACCUGCUUGUAAGGGGUCCACGUAUUGUGAAACAGUGGAUACUUAUCCGAAAGAUGUAGUAAAUCGGGCGAUUCAACGUAACGAAAGUAUUAAAUACUUAGAAAGUGUAGAUAUAAUUGAUUUAUCACCUGUGGAAGAGAGGAUAGGUCAAACAGAUGAUAUAUCUCUCUGCAUGUCCAUGGAACACCUUAUAUUUCCUCAAUCAGCUAAAAAUAAAGAUAGCGAAUGGAAGUUUGUUGCAAAUCAAGAAAACUUUAAACAGGGUGUACGAAUUGAAAAAUGUAGCAGAGAGAAUACAAGUUGUACUUCAAUUGGAAGUCUUGCUGCAGGUUACAGGACAAAUUGUAAGCAAAAAUACGUUUAUAGAGAACUUCAAUCGGUGAUGACAAAUGGUACAAUUGCUCCGGAUGUAUUUAUGUUUCCAUCAAGUUGCUGCUGUCACGCAUCGUUUAAUGGAAAUGUACUCACAAGAAUGGGUGUGGACAUUGUAGAUCAGAGAAGUCAAAUGACACUUAUUAAAACGCGAAAAAGAAAAUGAACAUUUGAAUCAAUGUUACAAAGAAAAUGAAGCUCUAUCAGAGCAUUUACCAUUAUGCCUUCAACUCUGAGAGUUUCUGAACAAAUAUGCACUCACAGCAUAAUCAUUGUUGGCCAAAUCAAGUCACCAUAAACGUUCCAUAGAUUGGAGUCUACUGUUACAACAUUAUAAUAUUAAACAUCAUUCCUUUUCGCUCUCGGUAAUUUAGUUUUUAAGCAUAACGAUAUAUAAUAUUAUAUGUAUAUGUGUAUAUAUAUGAAUACACUAAAAGAAAUAUAAGUUUUAUGCGAGAUAAUCUACCAGCUUAGCUGGAAUAUUUAAACUUAGAAGUGAUAAGGCUCGUAGAUGCGAUGAUCCAUGAUUUAUGGAUGGUCUGAAACAGGCACAGAUUUGUAUCGUGGGAUACUGUGUGAUAUGUUAUAGUCAUUGAGGUCAAUAUUGUGAUUUUUUAACUUAAGAAUACCUUUUUAUAUCUGUUUUCAACAAUAAUAAAUAUUUUUUCACCAAGCAAAACAAUUAAAA